AUGAAAAAGAAUAAAGCACCCGUGGAGGCAGAAUCUUCUGAAAACUCAGAUUCAGAAGAACUAGAGUCAGAACAAGAACUAGAGUCGGAACAAGAACCAGAGUCAGACCAAGAACCAGAGUCAGAACAAGAACCAGAGUCAGACCAAGAACCAGAGUCAGAACAAGAACCAGAUUCAGAAGAAGAUCUAGAUCCCAAAACUCACAAGAAAUCAUUGGAGAAACUAAAGAAAACAGAUCCAGAUUUUUACAAUUUCUUGGAGGAGAAUGAUGAAAAUUUGUUGAAUUUCGAUGUGGAGUCUGGUGAUGAUGCAUCAGACAAGGAAGAUGAUGACAAUGAUGAUGAUGAAAAAGUUCACAAACCAGGCCCACUCAGGGCAGACAGUGAUGAAAGUGACUUUGAGGAUGAAGAUGCAAAACCAGUUCAGGGGAAAAUCACCCUUAAAAUGGUUGCCCAGUGGCAAGCAGAACUACAAAAUGAAGUCAAAGUAAAGCUGACAACAAUAACUACUGUCAUAAAGGCUUUCAAUGCAGCCAUGGUUAGGGCCACAAGUGAGGAUGGAGCCUCAACGGGAGAGUAUAAAGUUGAAGGUUCCUCGGUGUUUAAUGCUGUAAUACAAAUGUGUGUCCUCUACUUGCCAGGAGCAAUUAGAAAAUAUCUAGGCAUGGAACAGUCUGGCAAAGACCCACAGAAAUGCAAACACUUUAUUAAAAUUAAAACUCACUUGAUUUCCUACCUCAGUGAUUUACUGAAAUUGCUUGGAGGUGUAACAUCUGAGAAUAUAUUGACAGUGUUACUGAAACAUUUGCAUCAAAUGUCUGUUUAUGUAGCUUGCUUCAUUAGGAUAGCUAAACAAGCUCUGAAGAAGCUCCUGACUUUCUGGAGCACUGGUGAAGAGACGGUGAGAGUGUUAGCCUUCCUCUGCAUAUUGAGAAUAACCAGGAACCAGCAGUCAGCAUUACUCGAUCAAGUACUAAAGGCCAUGUACUUGACCUAUGUUAAAAACUGUAAAUUCGUCAGCCCUUCCACCUGGCCUGGCAUCAACUUCAUGAGGAGAUCACUUGUGGAAAUGUUCUCAUUGGACCUAAAUGUUUCGUACCAACAUGUCUUCUUAUACAUCAGACAGCUGGCUAUACACUUGAGAAAUGCUAUUGUUGUACAAAAGAUUGAGAACAGACAAGCUGUUUACAAUUGGCAAUAUGUGAAUUCAUUACAUCUGUGGGCAGACUUACUUGGAGCAACAUCAAAUAAGCCACAACUGCAGCCACUGAUCUAUCCUCUGGUGAUGAUCACUACUAACACUAUUAAACUUGUGCCCACACAUCAAUAUUAUCCUCUCCGGUUCCAUUGUGUUGAGAUUCUGAUAAAUCUAUCAAAAGAAUCCAACAACUUUGUCCCUGUAUUACCAUUCCUUGUUGAGGUUUUAACCAGUUUUGACUUCAAUAAGAAACACAAGAAGGUUUCAAUGAAGCCCUUAGACUUUUCAUGCAUUCUGAGACUGGCAAAGUCACAACUGAUGGAGAAUGGGUUCAAAGACUCUGUGAUAGAGAGAAUAUACGCCCUCCUGUUAGAGUACACCGCCAAUGAAUCACACACUAUCGCUUUCCCUGAUUUAACACUACUAGCUGUGAUGCAGAUAAAACAGUUUUUGAAGACAUGUUCAGUAUCGAACUAUACUAAAAAAAUGCGUCAGUUACUCGAAAAAAUUGAGGAGAACUCAAAAUUCAUAGAGCGAGAGAGAGCCAAAAUUAAUUUCUCUUUGAGUGACGAGAAAAUGAUUGUAGCUUGGGAAACUAACAUCAGAACUAAAGGAACACCUCUGCAAACAUUCUACGAAAAUUGGAGCAAGAUAAACAAAAUUCAAAAACGUAAGAAGAUUACUAAGAAUGACGAAAUUGCUGGUGAACUGCCCAAGAUUAAGAGGCCGAAACUCACUGAUGAAGCAAUUCAAAACGCUCAAAAAGAAAAUAAGGGUCCUGUAGAGUUGUUCCCAUCUGACGAUGAGGAUGAGGGCGACCACUUUAAGGCAGAAGACGACGAUGACACACCCGCUCCUAAGGCGAAAAAAGUAAAAAAGAAAGAAAAGAAGGAAAAGAAAAAGCCCACCAAGAAGAAGGCCAUGGAGGUCGACGAGGAACCAGUGGAAGAUAAAGGUGACAUUGUACAAGAAUUCAGUGUAAGCGACUGGUAA